AAAAGGACAUGCUAGGGACAAUAUUUUAAUUUGACCAGAUUGUUUAAAGUGCUAAGGCAAGAAUUCCAUUCAUAAUUUCACAAGAAAAUACGAGUCUUAGGGGAGAGGACUGUUCUAACAUUGAGCCGAAUUGUUGUGACUAUAUCUAUAAUUUGAUAACAAAUUCCAAUAUUUCACUUUCCUAAUAUCAGCAUGGCUUCCAUUUUACCUGCCUCCAAGAGAUCCAUGAUACCUGACAAGAAUGCAUACAAUGGGAAAAGGUUUGUAAAUGUUAAAAAUCCUUACCUGGAUACUAUGGAUGAAGAUGUUCUCUACCACCUGGACUUAGGAACAAAAACACACAACCUGCCAGCAAUGUUCGGAGAUGUAAAGUUUGUCUGCGUCGGGGGAAGUCCCAACAGAAUGAAAGCAUUUGCACUGUUUAUGCACAAAGAGCUUGGGUUGGCAGGAAGUGGAGAAGACAUUAAGGACAUCUGUGCUGGAACAGACAGAUAUUGCAUGUUCAAAACCGGCCCCGUGCUCUCCAUCAGUCAUGGUAUGGGCAUCCCCUCCAUUUCUAUUAUGCUUCAUGAACUCAUCAAAUUAUUACACCAUGCACGAUGCUGUGAUGUUACCAUUAUCAGAAUGGGCACAUCAGGGGGAAUCGGGAUUGCACCAGGCUCCAUUGUAAUAACAGAUACAGCUGUAGACUCCUUCUUCAAGCCCCAGUUUGAGCAGGUAAUUCUGGACAACAUUGUCACCCGAAGUACUGAACUUGACAAGGAACUGGCAGAAGAGCUAUUCAACUGUAGCAAAGAAAUUCCCAACUUCCCAACCCUCAUCGGCCACACGAUGUGUACCUAUGAUUUUUAUGAAGGACAAGGUCGAUUAGAUGGAGCACUGUGUUCUUUUUCUAGAGAAAAAAAGCUAGAUUACUUGAAGAGAGCAUACAAAGCUGGUGUCAGGAAUAUCGAAAUGGAAUCUACAGUGUUUGCAGCCAUGUGUGGACUUUGUGGCCUAAAAGCUGCCGUGGUCUGUGUGACACUUCUUGACAGACUCCACUCUGACCAGAUCAACUUGUCCCAUGAUGUAUUGGUGGAGUACCAGCAACGGCCUCAGCUCCUAAUCUCGAAUUUCAUCAAAAAGCAGCUUGGACUUCAUGACCAGAUGACAUAACUCAGCAAUCCAACUCUCCUUUGCAAGUUGGUAGAUCAACUUGUAAUGUUGAGACUAUGUAUUAUUUGCAGCAUUUUCAUAUUAUUACCAGUCACUCACUAAAAUAAUGGAGAGAUUUCAAGAUGUUUCUUCAUCUUAAAAAAUGAACUUAUUUUAAGAGCCUUUAAUAUCCAAAUUAAUUCAAAUUCCAUUUUAGAAUAAGUUAAAUGAAUCAGUAAAUUAAUUAAAAAUUUUAACUCCUGGAUUGUGACAUUUGGAGUUUCAUAUGUACUAUUAAUUAAGCUCACAUGAAAAUAGAUCAUCCAUGUGCAGAUAGAGUUACCAGUCCCUCUGCUUCUGAAAAAGUCCAGAAAUUCAUUAGGAUAUUAUCAGGCACUUUGAGGUGUCGGACAAAUGGCAGAAAUAGAUCAAGCACAUUCAAAAUAUUUACAGCAAAAGUGUCGGAAAAGAAUGGAGGUCUGUAUGGGGGAGUUAUUAGGGAAGUAUGACCAUACUUCUUUGCUAUGCACAUACAAUUUCAGUGCAGCAGAGUGGGAUUAGAAGUUUAUAUGGGCCUAUACUUGUGAUUUUAUCACAAACCAUAACAACUCAGGAUUACACAUUGAUUGUGAAAUGGAAACUCCUUAUAAUUCAAAAACUACAGUGACUAACUUGCUUUCUAAUAAUAUUAUUUUAUUAUUUCUUUUAUGGAAAUGUGUUUUGAGGAUAUUGUAUAUAUAUUUUUUAUUUCAAUGUGAACUAAAUAGGCUAAGAAAUUAGUAACAACUGAAUAUUUCCAGACUCUAAAUACACCCCUACACUACUCAUCCCUCUGGGAGGCAGGGCACACUUCUACGCCACACCAUACUUUCUGUGAGGUGAUGCUGCCUGGGGAAUUCUUGUGAAAUUGAUACGCCAAGGAAAGAACGGAUGGGGUGGGAGUAGAACAUUGCAAAGUUGUAUAAUAUGUAAUAUUGUGUACAGAUAUUUGUAUGGUUGAAGCUCAAAUAAAAUUCAGUUUCAACGAA